GGCCGCAAUGCGAAGGUCGUGUCCGCCCCUCCAAUCAGGUGAAGGACCAUAUCGAUCCGAAACAAUGAGGCUUGUCCGAGAGUGAAGGCUGUCGUUCCGACACUGCCACAUGCGCUACCGUAGACAACAUUGGGUAGACCAUCAUGUUCCCUAAAGGGAGCAUAACCAAGAAUCCCCAGCUGCAGCAGGACAUUGAACGCUACAUGCGAUUGAGUGAUGGGGCCUCUCGGAUUUUGUCGAUUUCACAAAACCCGCUCCAAUGUCUCAAUGCAGCUAAAAUGCUGUUUGUCAGCAACGCACAGCUAUUAUCUUGCCUAAGACAAGUGCAACAGGAGAAAGUACGGGAUGCUUCGUCAACUGAUUCAACGGACCCGGACUUCCCACAUCAUACUUCUACUGCUAAGCUUGAGGACAAUGUUGCUGGAAAUGGCCAUCAUAUUUCCUCUGGACGAGCAAAAAUUUGUCUCUCCGACAUACGCAUCCCAUUGCUGUGGCGCGAUACGCCUCUCGGUACGGGGAUGCAGUUGCUCAUGAACCGAUUGUUUCCGUCCACCUCCAUCCUGUCCACUGGCAUCUUGGCUGGUUCCGGUGACAGCACGGACAAAUCGGAUUCGGGGGAUCAGUGCGAAGGAUACAGUGUUUUCUGUCUGGCUCAAGUGGGCAAUGUAAUCAAGGACACACAGCUUAUUUUUGACAUAAAACCGGGCACUACCGACAUCGAAUUCGAUGACAAACUGAUCUUCGACGACGUCACAGCGGAUUUUCGUUGCACAAUUGAAGUGUAUGCGUACCCGCGUUCCCCUUCCAAAGGCUCGUCGGCUUUCGCUCGUCGCCGGACCCUCUUGUUGGACAACCUGCGAAAAUCAUCUGAUCAUCCCGAAUCAGGCCCGAUCAGUGGUGCCAUCUCACAAAACUCAUCCAACUUCUUCGAGCUUGUUGGCCAUUGUGUUGCCACCUUGGCCGAUGUGGGGAGUCGAGUCCGAGCUCGCACACUGGAACUCGGCCCACAGUUACCGUGCACCUACACAAAUGAAGGCACUGGAACAAAUGCUUCCCCCAAGGUGGAGGAUUCGAACGGGUUUCCUGAUCCUCCAACUUUGUAUAGUCUUGAGCCCGGUUCCACAAAUUCAAGCGGAUCAGAUUUACCGUUGUUUGGAAGCAUUUGUUAUCGUUUGGUCGCCCAACCUAAUUCUGUGCUACGUCCACUGAUUUCAGGACUUUUGUGGAUCCGUCAGCUCACUACAUCUCCCGCGCAAGUUCCUGCACUUUUGCACUACUGUGAGCUGGGGGCCGGUCAGUUAUGGACUCGGUUGAUUCUUCAUACUCCGACGGCAGCAGACCAAGCUCAACGCAAUCCCCAGCAAACUGAUAUGCAGUCGAGCAAUGCGGACAGCGGUACGUUCAGCCUGAACUCGGCAUCCGUUGGCACACGAUCCGUUGUCCGACGCCGUAUUCGUCAUCGGAAAAGCCGCUCGGACUCAGAGGGACGGCUGACUCUUGCCAUCACCCCGAAAACACUCUUUUUGGACAAGGAACCUGUGUUGCGUGUUCUGAACAUACGAUUUCCCACCGUUUCACACUGCCACGCACCGUCGGAAAAGGCUUUGAGCCCAUGCACUAAAGUAACUAAAACGGAUACCAAACAGAGCUCAAGCGAAAUAUCCUCCUCUGUCUACGAUUCUCGAUGUGGUACUCAGCUCACGGAAUUGGAGGGGGUUCCCUCCUCUUCAUAUCAAUCGAUUUUCCGUAAGAAAUAUUCUUCACUUUCUCAUUGGCGGUCGGCUUCGAAUUUGCGAGGUGUGAACGAAUCAGCUACCUCUGCGGAGCCUCAUGCACCGUCUCGUUGGCGCUCUUCGGCUGCCAUUUUUGCCACAGCCUCCACAAACCGCAAAGUGAUUGAUAUGCUGGAUCCCUCCGUUCGUACGGAACAGCUUGAUGGCGAAACCUUGGAAAACUGCGGCAGCUGUCCUGAUUUUAGCCAAGGUCGUUGUAUGGAGCAUUUCACGCGGCACCGUACUAGAUCCGCUGGGCGCAGCCCUUCGCCCAACAUCUCCGACUUUGUCGAUUGCUUUAUCAACCGGUCGCCUGGCAAACACAGUCAGCCACGUACGCAUCACAACCGAUUCCGUCAUUCACGUUCCUUGGGUUCACUGGUCUCCUGUCCUAACUCAGGCGACGGGACUCACAACCGUACCUCUCUGCCAUCCGUUUGGUACGGACCGCCACAACGCUCUUCGAUCGACUCAGUCGCAAAAUCAGCGUUGUCUGAGCCAUUCGUAUUCCUUCCUCUGGAUGAUUUAGAUCAACCUUCCAUGGACCGGGCUGUCGAAGUCGGUUUGUACACUUUUCGAAUCGCGACGAGUUCGACAACUACGCAGUUUACCGGCACGGAAGUUUACGAGUUUGCCGUCCCUAAGCAUGAUAUACGCACGCUAACUUCAAGCGAUUCCUUCGUCAAUUCCGGACAAUCGCUACCUGAUAACCCCCUAUCUGAGCUGCAGCUUGCCACCCGUUGGAUAGACAUUCUUCAGCAGCAUGUGCUGGAGCAAAAGACCUGGGGUGCAGACGCUUUCUCCGAUAAAAUAGUCAUUCCUCGCUCGACAUCGACUGUCCACAAUGCUGUCGCACGACGCUCCAUAGCAUUUCCUACCGAGCAACCGGUGUCCUCUUUGAACAAGCUUUUCACCUCUCCUCCCCUUCCAACCUGCGUGGAAAUCAACUGA